AGCCCCACCUGCCAGCUGCCAAAAUUUGUUAAUUGAAGGAAAUGCAAAAAUGCCACGGGAAAGAAGUAAAUUCAAUGAAUAAGCCAACUAAAAGUUAAGCGAAUUAUUAAAAUUUAAAACGAGAUGGAGAAGAGGCAAAGGGAAUUGGAGGCGUUGGUCUCCACGCAGAAGGAGCAACUAGGGCGCUACGAGAAGCGUCUGAAAGACGUGGUCACUGCCUACAAAGGUCUGCUGAAGGAGAAGGAGGCGCUGGAGACGAGUCUGGCGGCGCACGCGGAGGCCACGGCGGUGGGCGAAAACGGAUCCCCGGCCAGGGACGUGGAGUCCCAAAGCAACAGUAAGACACCAGAUUCAACGGAUGGCGCGGGCGAGGGUGCCUCAGGUCCACCAGCCCCUCAAGCCGAGGGCCAACUGCAGACCCAGAUCAUCACGCUGAUGAACUCCCUGGCAACGCUCUCCGCCGAGAAAUCCCGCAUGGAGGCCUCCUUCCAGGCAGAUAAGAAGCAACUGCGCAGCCAAAUCGCUCAAAAGGAGCAGUCCAUCCAGGAACUCCAUGUGCGCGCCAAGGAACAGACCGCGCGUGCCAAAAGUGAUGUGGACGAGGUCAAGGCCAAGUGGAUUGUGGAGCGGCAGGAACGCGAGAAGGAGACCAACAACCAGAUGCUUAUGAUCCGCGAGCUGCAGAAGCUUUAUGCCGACGAGCGCCAUCUGAAGGACAACAUCGAGAUGCAACUGAACAAUUUUAAGACGCAGUUCGUCAGCAACGAGGCAGAGAACAGUCGCCUGCGGGAACUGCAAUUCCAAUUAAAAGAGGCACGAUCGCAGCUAAAGCAAUUCCAAACCAAGGCGGAGCAGUCUGCAGCUGCGGCCGCCAGUGCGGAUAGUGCUGCUCUGCUGCAACAAGUGCGCCUGGAGAUGCAGCAGCUAAAGGAGCAGCAUGCGGUGGCCAUUCGCCAGGAACAGCGACGUGUCCUGCGGGCAGAGGAUCAGAGUCGCAGGCAGGCGGCUCUCCACGAGGAUCGUGUGGCCAGUUUGGAGGCGCGCCUGGCGGAGCUCAGCACUACUGUAGGCAGCUACGAUCGCCUGCGUCAGCAGGAUCAGGAUAGCAUCCAUGCCUUGAAACAACAGCUGCAGGACCUAGAGCAGGCCCACGUGCGUCCCACGUCCAAUUCAAAAACUCUUAAUGAAGAUGUGGAUGUGGCCACGCUGGUGGACGAGAUGGUGCGCUUAAAGAAACUGCUUACCAGUGCCAAUGCCCGAUCCGCCAAUCCAUUGGAUCUCGGUGAGAUCCUCUCUCUAAGCGGCCAAACAUCGACGCGAGCGGAAAGCCACGCCCAUUGCGAGCAACAGCUUCAGGGAGCUCAGCAAAUGCUAGAAGCAUCCAAACAGCAGCGCCAAUUACUCGAACAAAAGGUUCAGCUCCAGCACUCGCACAUUCAGACGCUCCAGGAGAAGGUGCAGGUGCUCAAUCGUAACAUCGACGAGGCGGAAAUCGAUCUGAAACAGCAGGGCGAGAAACUGCGCUUGGCCUUGAAGAGUGAGCGAACCAAAUGGCAGGAAGCAAAGGCGGACCUGGAGAACGAAACACGCUGCAAGCUUAACGAACUGGAGCAACUUUUGCAAAAGCAGCGUCAGAGAUCGCUGCAGCUUCUCGAUGAGAAGGAACAGGAGAUCAAGACACUGCAGACUUCUUUCGAGGUAUUUCACUCGGCCAGUGGCGUGGGCAGCACUCUAGCCACUCCCACACUAGAAGCCGCCGCAGAAUCUUUUAACUACUCCUCCGAUGCCGACAGCGUCGAGGUAGAGGGUGAGCAGCGUGAGCGCAAGCUAAAGGUGCGCUCAAAGAAAAUGUCACUGGGCGAGAACUGCCACAUGCUGCAUUAUGCCAACGAGUUGGCCCGAAAGGACAUCGAGAUCACCACCCUGCGCAAGGCCAAGUAUGCGGCCGAGUCCACGUUGAGGAAGGCCAUCCAGGACAAGGUCACCUCACAGCAGGAGAUGCAUGAGAAGAUCGAAUGCCUGGAAGAGCAGGUGGACAGACUCGAGCGCUGCAAGACGCGCGAGGGCGCUAAUCUGGAGUACCUGAAGAACGUGAUCAUCAGCUACAUUGUGACCCGGGAUGCGGACGGCAAGCGCCACAUGCUAAACGCCAUCUCGGCGGUGCUCCAAUUUACCACCGCAGAGAUGCAGGCGAUCAAUGCAUCAUUCCAAAAGAAAUAGAAUUCGUAUUUUGUUUAACAAUCAUGUGCAACAUAUUCAAAACCAUAAAAUCAGACCUUACUUUUAAAACUAA